AUGUCGACUGUCAUUUUGAUUGGGUGCGGUGUGGCCGGUGCUGCUAUCGCGGGAAGGGUCGGACUACAGGCGUUCAAGCGCUACAAGGCCGGAGCCGGAGGUGCUGUCGGUACGCUCGGGAAGCAGUUCUACAAGGGCGGAUUCGAGAACCGGAUGAACAAGCGUGAAGCUGCGUUGAUCCUGCAGAUGAGCGAACGGAACUUGACGAAGCCCAACAUUCGAAAACGACAUCGCGAGCUCAUGCUGCUCAAUCACCCGGAUCGUGGCGGCAGUCCGUAUCUGGCCGGAAAGGUCAACGAGGCAAAGGAGUUCCUGGAAAAGAACUCAUAG